GGCACCAGCUGCAGCGGCAACAGCAUCGGUCUACUCUGCAGCAGACCGUAGGUCAACACAAAAGGAAAACAGAGUUCCGAUCUUUACGAUUGGUGUUGACGACAGGGAGGACCACGCGGAGGACGAAAGCUUUGAUGACCAGGCGGGAGCGCAAGCCGUCGCGGAUGCGUUUGUUGCUGAUGUUGCUUCCAACUUUCCCCACGCGAUCCGCCAUAGUAUGGUCGAGGAGACUACAGCUACACCAGAUGAAGAAGUGCGAGCGAGCAUCGUGAGCAAUCUGAUGAGUCACGAAACCGUGCCUGCAUCGUCGUACCUUCCUCCAGGAGCAGUGAAAAAUAGUAGUUCCACUCUUUUUACUGGUCGUGAUGGGCUUGUUGGCCUUGACCAUGCGCUUCCUUUUACGCGGAGCGUCAGUGCGGAAACUUCGAACCCAGGCGGGGAGCCCGGUGCCAUCACAAAAAAAGGAAACUUGCAGCAGGUGCAUCGGGUGUUUUCGGCGCUUCUACUGGCCUUGGAAGCCCCCAGUUCAACGGAGAUCCCCAGCAUUCUGACCGUGCAACUGGCCGCCAGGGUACGGCUCGCGCUUCUAGAACACACCGACGCGGUCCGCUUCGAGGCCGAGGGACCGCGGUCCGCCAGUAAUAUGAAAGCGAAGUGGGCCAGAGAGACGGAGAUCAAUCAGCAGUCGUUGGCAAAUUUUCGCGAUGCCAAUAAUUGCACGGCGAGUGGUGCUGGCGCUACUUGUUGGGCGGAGAGCGCCCGUUGUGAUGCCUGCGAUGGAUCCGCAGAUAGUCUCGCUCGAGGGGUAAGGCCCUCAGAAAAGGACGCAUGGUUACGAAGUCACACGACCAGGCGCAUGUAUGGCGGAAACAGCGUCGUGGCGUCUGCAGCUGAAGAAUUCCAAGAAUGGUCCUCUGCUGCGGACCGUAUCGAGGCAGACUUGUGCGGAAGAAGUUCGGAAUCCCUGUCGCCAGCCGGAGCCAGAUGUAGUCGGGCGGCUGGUGCCCCCGCUGCGGCACCAGCAGCAACCACGCAGUCCUCCGCAUUGCGUCUUGAUCACCGUCGACGAGGGAGCACAGAUGAAGAAAGCGUAAUGCACGAGUCUGCUCCGCGUCCGCUUGGGAGCACCAAAGACAAAGAAGGACGCAAAGACGGUGGGGCCGCGGAAAUGCCGAGCGGGCGAGUGGUAUGGCAGUGUCAGGUGGGAAUAAGUCGUCAAAUUUUUACAAGAAUCGUGAAAAAUAAAAAAUGUGGUGUGCAAUCAUGAUGCCUGUCGGCUCCAUAAUUUCUAUACCGGCACAUGACCAAUUUUGAUUGUUGACACUCGGAGCGAGUCUGCCGCCAUGGUUCUUCUGUGUGGAGCAAUAAAAGGGGCUUCUCCACCAUCUAGGAUGGUCUUUCGAGACCCCAUCCUGGCCCGUAGUCGGGGUUGCAAUCGGCCUCCUUGCUUUGCCUGCUGUGCUUUCCAAUAUUACAAACAUUUUGUGAGCAUUUCCUCGCGAUCUUCUUGUGGCAUGACCAAUGAAUCGCAGAAAGAUGCUGUGCGGGUUGCGUUUGUUGUGGCGGUCGGUUUAGCAUGGCGGCUUCUAUGUGUUGUUCGAUGAUUUUCCGCCUGGCGCUUUCAUAAACCGCGAGCAAGAAUGCCUGGGUGUCGGAGAAGGCGGCCUCUCAGAGCCCGGAUAGUUACCAGGAUCGUCAGACUUUCUUUCUCGAAGCCAGGGCCAAGUACGAAAAGCUCAUUGCGAGGUAUAAGGAGCUUCUGCACGGAAUUGAGUCGUCCCCACAGGCUGCCAGGCCGCUUUUCAAUUACGAUCCGGAAGACGACCGACCCGGUCGCAGCCUCAUCCAUCAAGUUGGAAACUUUGUAAAGGGCGCAGCUGCGGCCGCGGAUGGACAGGGCGCAUUCUUUCUCGGCCGCACCGAAAGCCGAUCGUCCGCAUGUCGGGGCUUCGCUAGUACGCCCACUACAACAUAGAUAAAAUCAUGCUCCUUUCACUUUCUAAGAUGCCUGUAGAACUUGCUGUGUGAGCGUUCCUUCGGUGGGCAAGUGUCGUUGGACAGAUUCUGUUCACUUUGAUUGGUUUUUGGAAAAAGAUCAUGUCAUCGUCAUCUGUAUCACCCACAACUUGAAGAAAUCUAUGGCUAUGCAAACAGGGGGAUCUCCUCCAGCAGGUGCAGGAGCCAGUGCGGCGGGUGGAUUCUCUCUGAGUUGCAGCGGUGCAAGCGGAAACCGAAGUGGUGUGUCAUCGACAAAUUGGUCACGACAAAUUACGCCCGAUGAUCGAUUGCCGCUGGCACGAAAUGCCGACGGUUUGCCCAGCUGGUUCGGUUUUUCGGCUGGCAAAUUGCGCCUCGCGCUAGAGCACGCCGAGUUUGAGCUUGAGCGGCUGAUUAUCAGCCGCGUGGCCGACACUAUGGAAUAUUCGCAAAUGCUUUUCGAAAAGGCCGCUGACCUGCUAGCGCAACUUCCACGGGUGCCACAAUUGGAGAAGGUUCUGAUUGGUGCUGCCCUGAUACAUGAUUUUUACUGCUUUGAAGUCUUCUUCAUACAUGAACACGCUCUAUACAACAACGCUUGUUAGCCGGUGAUGUGAAUUACAAUCACCUACUUAGUUACAUACAUGUGUAAAUGUAAUAAAAAUAAUGUCGUGGAUGCCGAUGCGAAAUGUAAUAAUGACGUGUGUCUGUCCUACGUCCGUGUCCUGACACACACCAGACGUUGACAUACUGUGUCAGUCACAGUCCUCCUUGACCAACAAGAAAGGAAAAAAUGAACCUCACCAGAUGCCCUCGCAAGAGAUGCAUUUGAUCAUCGAGGAGGAGCCUGUCCCGCUAUGUGGCGGCACCAGCGCGCUGACAUCGCGGGGGAGCAGAGAGUUGCAGAUCCGGGAUCCGGAGGACGGUGCAGUGCUUCAUCGGAUGCCCUUCUCGACCUCCGAGUCGAGCGCGAAGACGCACGCACGGUUCGCGCUCUCUUUCAACGUGGACCAGAUGCGAGAAUCUUAUGAAGAGCAGCAAGGGCGGGGGGGGCACGAGGACACUGGAUCUAGUCCGUCGUUUCUGCCUCCGACAAGAAAUAGUACUGUGCAUGAAGUAGGUGCUGUAGUCGUGUCGGGGGUGUCGACAGGAAAUCUUGCGGGCGGUGUACCAAAUGACGCGGAGGCAGCCGGAGCAAGACCAGCGACGGGUAGUACGUUGUCGAUACUAGGUGGAGCGAGGAAUCUUGACUCGCAGGGGGCGGGAAGUACUAAGUACCCGUCAUCAAGUCGUAAUAUGGCAGCCGCCGGUGUGAUGGCAUUUAUUGAAGGAGAAGACGAGCAGCUUGAAGGUAACCACACGCUAAGAACAGCCACAGCAGCAGCACCAACGCGUAGGGCAGUAGGUAGCGACAACCGGCGCAACUCGAAUGCGACUAGUGAUAACUCUGCUUAUUACACGGACAUCGACAUUGACCUGGACGACAACGAUCGCACAGCGGGUCAGCACUCGGUGUCUGUUGCGGACCACGCAGAACUAGAUCGCCGGUCGGGGGCGCUGCCAUCACACCAGACAGCCGCGUUACGACAUCACCGGGAGGAAAUGCGUGAGCUAACUGUGUACGAGGCGGCAAAUGCGCUGGCACAGAGCCUGUAUGCGGAAACGUACAGGACUCUUAGCGAUAUUCGGUUUGACGAAGUGGAGCAAAUAGCGGUGGCUCGAGCCAAGCGCGCCAAGCAGAACCGGAACCGGGCCGCAAAGCUGCGCACCCCGACGUCAAGCUGCCGCACGCCGCAGUCCUGCGCUGGCAGGACCCCCGGCGCGAGAAGCGGCCGCUCCUCCGGGGCGCAGACGCCGCGCGGUUCUUUCUCCUCGCGUUCAGAGAUGUACCAGAGUCAGGCUUUCGCACAGAGCCGUGGCGCGGUGGAUGGUGGAAGUGUUGUACAACAGCACCUGGGCGGCGGCGCACCUAGUACAUCGACCCUGCUUGUUUCACCCCCGUGGGACGGGGAAUCUUCGUCACGGUCUCCAAUCCUAGUCGCUGCGGAGCAUGACGAAGCAUCUGCCGGGAGUUCCGGGAACGUGAUGAAAGCGGAUAGUGUUGAGCUGCAGGAGGAGCAGGUGACUACAAAACCGUGCUAUAAUAAUCUGGCGGAGGAGGUUCUUGCCGACGAGGAAGAGUCCGUGGAGCUAUCCCUAGUCGGAUUGAACAGUCCGGGCGGCACCUCGACCUCGGGUUUUUCAUCCGCGAAGCAGAGCCCCGCGUUGGAAUCAACUGACGAGCAGCUCCCUCAUCUACCACAACCCGCUCGCCGCGCGGCGUUACUAGGGGACCGCAGAGGGACCGGUCUAUCAAGCUCGAGCGCCAUUAAUAUGCCCGAGCUAGUUUUGCCGGCACCACUCUUGUCGAGCUCCCCGCCGCCCACUAUAGAUCGCAGAAUCAGAAGUGCAGCCGCAGAGAAGGAGAGUCAGGAGGAGCGAGGCAUCAACAUCAUCUCCACCAAGCCCAAGGCGGGAAGUUUGCGUGGCCCUUCUUCAUCUACUUCCAAAGACCACUUUUUUGGCGGGGUGCUGCUGAAUUUCGACGAAAUCAAAAUGCAGAUGACCUUUCGGGUCGUCGUACAAUUCGAGGCCUGCGUGGGUGCGGGAAAAGCGGCUUUCGCCGCCAGCAUGUACGCAGAAAGUGUGGAGUGGUGGACCCGCGCGGAAACGAUCGUGUCGCAGACGUACCGUAUGAGCAUGAGGGGCGCGACGCGCGGCCCGGUGCUCUACCCCCCUUAUUCCCUGCAGGCAGUGUCCGAGAAACUGCACGACGCCACCUCCUUGCGGCGCGUGCUUGUCGAGCAGGACCGUUUGAAUCGCUUGGAGGCGGAGCGCGCAGAGCGACACAAACAGGAAGGAUCCUCCCCCGCCUUGCUGCAAGCAGAGACAUCACCUUCAGAGAGCGAGGACGUAGAUGCCGGUAACUGCACGCCCGAAGGCAGUGGCAAAGGUCUCCUUCUAGAGGGUCGUCCACCCCGGGAGCAGGACCAUAUGAAUACCGACGAUGGAAGCUACUCCUACCAGCGCCAGCUAUCGACGACUCGCCAGACAGGCUCUCUUCUUCCCGUUUCAGAUGCAAAUACAAAUAGUGCUGCAACUUCAUCGUCUCCUGGCGCCCGUGGAGGGGGAGGACCGCAACGGCUCAGCCAUGAAGUGGAUGAUCAAGUACAAGACGACUCCACCGUUCACUUCCCCCAGCAGCUGUUGCACAAUGUUCGGCAAGCGGAACAGUUUUACCUUGAUGUGGAUGACGAUUAUGAUAAUGCGCGGAGGGCCCCCCUACGCCUCCAUUUUUCCAAAGGGUGAUUAAGUAUCAGUAUGUAACUAAGUAAGUACGUAGCACCAGAAGCCACGAUGGGAGGUAUCAUGUACCUGCAUGAUCUCUUGUACAACUUGUUGCGCGUCAACUUCAACAAGACAUCUGCGGCCGCGGUGCACGAUGACAUAUGGCACUGCUUCCGGGCGGCAGGUUGUUACUUACAACAUGACUCACUGGCUCAUGGUGCUAUUGAAUAAAAACAGCAGCAUCUGCAUGAUCUGGUGGAAGGGUGCUUGCACUUUUGCAUCGAGGAUGGGGGAGCUGAUGUGCACUUUGAUAACGAUGACCUUUCUUCGAUGGCCUCGUCACCGGGUUGCCUAUCCUGCGCAAAAGUAUCGUACUCCUCGUAUAAUGAUGUUCAACAGAUAUUUUUGAAAUCUACAGGGUCGCUAAGGUUGUGUGUCACGACCAUGCAGAUCCAGACAGAUGCAUGUUCAUUCUUCAUCGUGGUUGACUUUUCGUCCGUGUGUGGGUGGUACACUUUUGCAUUGUACACCGUGUGACUCCCAGCGACUUCGGGGCCUGGUCCCGACAGAUUUCACCGGGCCUGCAACCAGAGCUGCAGCUGUCUGCUGGUCAUUUAUUUCUCGGUGCUUCCCCGAGUGCGGGCCGCGGAACAGCACGGGUAGGAGGUAGCGGACGAUCCUUCCCUGAAGAAACUGGUACCCAUUUUUUGCCAUCCCCCCCUUCAGUAGAGGUGUCUUCAUCUGCAUCUCCCGCAGAUAUUGAUGCUCGGAGUACUACAUCACCGCAAGAGGCCCCCGUCUCCUCAGCAGAAGUACAGCACCGAGCGCCCCCGCGGACUGCCUUGUCGUGGUUCGGAGCACUGCUCGGCCGCGGACGGCAGGAACCACUGCCUGCGAGUUCCCCAUCUUUAGAAGGAAGAGCAGCCGCGGAUCGAGUGGAAAAUAGUACGCAGCAGUCUGUUGAUGUACAACCGGCCACGAAUCCAGCAACGGGGACUUCUGCAUCGAACAACGCUGGUGUUUGUCGAAGCGGUCUACUUUUUGGGCGUGGCACGCUGGGUCGGGGGCCUCGUGGUGCAACUACAUCCACGGCCGAAGGGACGACGAGCGCGGCCACCGCCACCAACUUGCGGAGAACUACAAAAAAGGAGCGGUUUUUGCGGCGCGAAGCGGAGCGGCGGUCCCAGAGCAAGUAUUUGGUGCGGCAGCUGCUCGAGCAGAUUGGCAAGCGCGUGGUCGAAGCCAAAGAUAUGCAGUAUUUGCGAGCCGGCCUCAACUUGUUCGAGCAUGCGAUGGCCGCCAAGCCCUUCUCGAACUUCCAAGAGGACGAAGACUACCCGAAGCUGCUGCCCCUCAUACGCGAGCGACUGCGGGCAAACGGCGGUAAUGUGGACGAGUGCAUGGUCUGGCUGGGCGAGGUUGACAGCCUAAUCGAGGACACAAAAGCGCCCUUUGACGUUGUACUGUCGGUCCUCGAACGCUUUGGGGGGAACUUCGAGCAAGCAGAGCAGUGGCUAAAUAACGCACCGGAAUUUUGACCUCGGCUUCUAUGUGCGUGGUAGAUGAAGACUCGAAGCCGAAUCAAUAGUACGAAUCAUUAUUGUAGAUAGACGAGAUCGCGAGUGCCAUUCUCAUCGUAGAAUCGUAGACAUUGACAUAGUGAUGCUUGACGGUCGGGGUCCUUUUAGCACCAGCACUUCGGAGUAAGUAAUUAGCUAUCUGUUAGGCAAGAUAUGAAAUCCACCAGGAUCAUAAGCCAAGCAAAUUCCCUACGACCUAAGUUGAAUGCUCAUUGAAAUCAGGCUCUAAGUUUGUCGUUCAAAUUUGGAUCCAAUGUGAAAUCAGCAUGUUCAUACAAAUGAACAAGAAUGAACUUCAUUUUUGUUCAUUUGUAUGAACAUGCUGAUUUCACAUUGGAUCCAAAUUUGAACGACAAACUUAGAGCCUGAUUUCAAUGAACAUUCAAUUUAGGUCGUAGGGAAUUUGCUUGGCUUAUGAUCCUGGUGGAUUUCAUAUCUUGCCUAACACUAUCCUUAUUGUACUAGAGAAGAUGUUGGUUGCAAAAAGAACUCCCAUGAAUCUUGAUCGUGGGAAGCCUUUAAUUUUUUCUGCGGGCUGGAAAACUGCUGCGAGGUUCAUUGAUUCACAAAGGAAAUUGGGCGUGGGCUUCACUCACGACGGUUUCAGCCUGAUACAAUUUUCUAGAGACUACAGACAAAGUACAUCAAAACUACAUCGAAUUUUUUCAGAUAUCAUGCAAUAGGUAUUAAGAAGUCAACAUCAAGAAUAUCCAUAUCGGAGAAAGUGUUUCACCGUAACGACUAGCC